AUGGCGAAGAAGCGGAAGAGUUCUCUAGGACCCGAAGACCCCUCACCUUUCGAUACAAACGACGAGACCCGACUUCUGGAGACCGAUUUUGAAAAGCUCUGUAAUGAUGCUUCACUUGACGUUUCAUCCGACCAUAGGAGGUCGCCUGCCAAGUAUGACAGCCUGCUUUGGCGAACUUACAAAUUCCUCUGGUGGAGGAACAAAUCAAAGCUGGAUGAAGUUGUCAACGAUUCAAUGUCGCAGCUCGCAUCCACGCCAUCUUCCCAACGUGUGCAUUCGCUUCUCGCCAGGAUUGAGCCUUUAGCUGCCCAGGAAAAGGAGUUGAGCCGGACUCCGCGUGCAAAGCGAUUCAAGGACGCUGGCGAUGUUGAGGACGCGCAAAAUAGACCUGGUCCUUCAUCGCCAGCAUCCCCAUCGCAACGUGCUAGAGGCCUAAUGAAGGCCUUCAGGACCUCGAAGCCUGUGCAUGUUUACUCCAAGCCGCCWGAAGUGAAAGCCUCAUCACAGCCGCAACCAGAACGUCGCUCCGCGAAAAAGUCCAUGGUACAAACGACCAUUCCUCAAGCCAUGAGCAAGCCACCUCAGCCAGUACCAGCGAUAUUGAAUUUUCCAACACCAGUGGUGUCAUUCAGGUCAAACACAGAGGGCAAUCCCUCUUUCAAUAAGACGUCCUUCUGGUCAGAUGUCCAGGCCACACAGAGAACUGUUGACACAGAGACUACGUCAUUUAGUGAAGAUGAACAUCCCACUGAGUCRACUGAUUAUGGAUCUGUGCUUUCUUCGGAGAAAGCAAUCGGCUUGCUACAACGRUUGGAAUCUUCUCAAAAGUCUGACGCCACGCUGAAGAACUCUCAAAACUUACCACGACGAGCCAAAAGUAAUGUGAGCUCCCGAGAGUCCGAGUUCUACUGUUCGUCAAUCGAUACGCACACCGCAGAUGAGUAUCAGGCUCGUGCGGACAUUUUCCACGCGGAGAGUUGCGAGCGACGGGAUACAAUCAUGACCGUAUUUGAAGACGAGAAUGAAGAUGAAGAGCGACAGCUUGUAAAGCUCGCUGAGGAUGCCCAGACCCGCAUAACUGUUGUAAAUGCAGACAUCUACAAUCAUGAAGGACCCUGCAAACAACAACGAAUUGAUGUGAUGCCCACAGAGGCAUGUGAGACUGGCUUGGUACAGAUGGCGCUUGCACGGCAGUUCCGGAGUCUACCAUUCAAUCUUCAAUGGGAAGUUAAACGUGUCUUACAAACGGGCGCUAUCUCGCCCGAAGUUCUUGAUGCCGAGUGGGGUGUACGCACAUGCGAGUCUCUGUACGAGCUUGUGWCAGAGCGUCAGAUCCCCGUUCAGCACCCACCUAGGGAGGGAACGAAAGGGGGAACUUUGAAGCCUUGGGAAAUUUAUACCAGGAGCGCGAAGCUCGAAUGGUCCAAGUCAAAAGACGGACCGGUCUUCACUCUGGUACCGCAACUGCAGCGCAAAGACACUUCUUGCAGCCUGCAGCGUAAAUUGGGCGCAGAUCGGGUGCUCUACGUGGACAUGCCUGAGAUUGCUAAGCCACCGGCUCGUUUCAAGAAUCGAGACAUCAGGUCACAGUUCCGUGAUUGGAUCGAACAUCCUCAUGCCUUCCUAGGCAGAACGUGGCAUCUCUUCUUUUUGAAGCCGAACAAGAAGAACAAUACGUCCGAGUCGCGGGCAAGCUCGAGUAUAGCAACACUCACCCUCGUUGCUCCGCCRGAAGGCAUGAGCAUCAGCGACAUUGUACAGUGGUGGUUCCCAUUUGACACCAACAAACAGCAGUCGUCUAGAAAGGCGUAUAUGAGGCUAGAGUUGGCAUUGUCUCGUACAGUACCAGCGGCCGUCCUUAAGCCGGAAGAGAUCGCCUAUCGAGUUCAGGACCAGCUUGCUACGCACGAUCCCGAUGAUCGCAAAUUCGAAGAUAAUACAUUGAAGCAUCGGUUCGAGGAAAAGUUUGACAAAAACACAGUCAUGAGCGAUGGUUGCUGUGUCAUGUCCCGGUGGAUUGCCAUGGAGUAUGCCAAAGCCGUCGGCCUCGACCAAAUACCGCCAGUGCUUCAGAUCCGCACCGCGGGUUCCAAAGGGCUAUGGUACAUUGACAAUGCCAGUGAUGUCGUGUUUGCGGGGAAGCCUCCAGGACCGCUAAUUCAUCUGGCUAACAGCCAGGUGAAAGUUCUCAGAGAUUCUCUCGAAGGCUGUGAUGACGAAACUCUCACCGUGGGUGUUGUGAAAGCCAAUCCUGGCGGAAGGCCAUCCAUUCUGCACGUGCUCUUCCUCCCGAUCCUCGUCGAUCGGGGAGUGUCUGUUCAAGCUAUCUGCGAAGUAGUUUCGAAUCAGGUCAACGAGGAGCUGGGCGGAUUUCUCGAGGCGCUAGAAAAGCCUGGAGGACUGCCGAUUCGGCAAUGGUUCGCAAGUCAUCAGGAGUUCUUCGAGUCGCUGCGUCGCGAUAGCGAGAUAGAGACUCUUGCAGGGUUCCCAAUCUCUCGGGAAGAGCGAAUGAUCCAGAUGCUGGAGGCAGGGUUUGAUCCCAAGGUGAACGCCUUCCUGGCUCGUGAGUUGAAAUUGCUUGCCGCUCAGAUCUUCGACCUCAAAAAUCGCAACUUCUCAAUACUGCUGCCGAAAUCUACGACGCUGUGGGGCGUAGCUGAUCCCGAGAAUUGCUUGGAGCCCGGUGAGAUAAGCAUCAACUUUGGAGGUAAAUUCGAUGGGCAGUACUGCUUCCUGGAUAAGACCGACGUACUUGUUGCACGUAACCCAGCGCUAGCACCAUGGGAUAUUCAGAAAGUCCGGUGUGUCUACAAGCCGCAGUUAGCUCGCUUCCCUGGCAUGGUGUUCUUCUCUGCCAAGGGUAUGCGACCUCUAGCGAACAAAAUGCAAGGUGGUGAUUACGAUGGCGACUCUUUCUGGAUAUGCUGGGAAGAAAAGUUGGUUGCUGACUUCAAGAACGCUCCGGCGCCUUUCGUCACGCCGCCUCCCGAGAAGUUCGGCAUCAAGAAGGACUGCUCUCUUCUCUGUGAUCACAUUCAGGACCCUGGGUCAGACCGGCAAUGGUCUACUUGGCUGGGCGACCUUUCUCUGAAGCGAUUGUCCACGAACAUGCUUGGAAUCGUCACUUUGUAUCACGAGCGGCUUGUUUACAAUGGUUGCCCAAUCGGAUCCGAUGAGGCCAUCAAUUGGGUGCAUUGCCAUGACUACCUAGUUGAUUCCGACAAGGCGGGCUAUGACUACGAUAUGAAGUCUUUCGAGCAGUAUAAGAAAUCGAGAAGUCUUCCAAAAAAUCUUCGAAACCUGCGGAACCCGACAUAUUACCAAAUUACAAGGGUCGCUCCAGGGGCGGACAAAGACAAGACUCUGGGCUGGGAUAACGUCGUUGGAGAUGGGGUGGUCACCGACAACAUUAUCGAUGUUGUGUUUUUCAAGAUCGCGGAACCCAUCAUUAAGGAUGCGCUUGCACGUGCGAGUAUCAUCCUUGGUGAGGCUCACUUCUACGACCCCGACCUCGCACGCUUCUACAAUCAGACAAUCGAGUCAUACCCACCCCGAUCUGCUCCGCUAAAGGAAAUCCAUCGUCUGAGAGACCGACUGCUGGGCGUGAAGACUGAGUGGACAUCAACCGUGAACAAAUAUUCCUGGGACAUCCAACUUCAAAGAAUGCGCAACCUAUACGAUGAAAUACAGCCAGAAGACCCUACCUCUGACAUCUCGAUUGAAUGGUUGAGGAGGCAAGGCAGGGGAUUGUCGAAUUGGGAUAAGUUGAAAGCGUCCACGCUUGCAAGCUUCCCACAUACAAGCAACCAGCUACUCUUUGGCAUUGCGGGUGGAGAAAUGUGCCACCUGAAAGUCAAUGAGCAGUCUGAGUCGUUCAGGAAUAUCAUUGAGACGCAGUACCGCGCUCUCAAGAUUAGGAAGCCGAAGAAAGUCCUUUCGGCGGAGCAGUCAUUUGAACCGGCUGGUGACGACAACGAGGAGGCUGUCGUCGAGACCGCGUACUAUUGA